CUCCAGUCGGUGUGGGGAGGGCAUUUCCGGCCCGCCAUGCUGCAGGCUCGGGAGGUUCUUGUGAUUCCGUGUGCUGAGCUGUCACCCACUACCGAGAGCUGUGGAGAACCGACAAGCUCGGAAUCUACGCCAUGAAAGUAUCAUUUUUUUCCCACCAAGAUGGCAUACAUUCAUGACAUUAAUACUGAUCUUCUGAAUGAUUGCAUUGCAGGAUGCAGUGACCUAUGGGGAUGUGCAAGUGAACUUCAAUGAGGAAGAGUGGGCUUUGCUGGAUCCUUCCCAGAAGAGUCUUUACAAAGAUGUGAUGUUGGAAACCUAUGAGAACCUCACUGCUAUAGGCUACAAAUGGGAAGACCAGAAUAUUGAAGAUCAUUGUCAAAGUUCUAGAAGACAUGGAAGGUACAUCAUUUGUCACCCUGGAUACAAGCCAUGUGAGCAUAAUAGAUAUGGAAAGAAGCACUGUACCUCUGUCUCUCCUGGAAAAAACUAUGCAGUAGUUUCCACAAUGGGAAGACAUGGUGAUGAUGAUACAAGUGUAGAAUUACUUGGAUUUCACACUUCAGUGGAAAUACAUCAACACACUUACACCGGAGAAAAGCCAUAUGAAUUUAAGAAAUAUGAAAAUUCUUCUGUCUGUCCUGGUUCACAUUGCACAUAUAAUGUGACUCAUGUUAUAGGAAAAUAUUAUGAAUGCCACCAGUGUGGCAAGGCUCUGAGUUCUUCCAGUUCUCUUCAAAGAGAUAAAAAAACUCAUGUGGGAAAAGGAUUCUAUAAAUGUGAGCCAUGUCCUAAAGGUUUUAACCAUCAUAGGUAUCUUCAAACACACAAAAGAACCCAUAAUGAAGAGGAAUCCUAUGAAUGUGAACAAGAUGAUAAAACAUUUAGAGCCGAUUCCUCUUUGCAAUUAUACCAAAGAACUCCUUUAAAAAUAAAACCUUAUGAAUAUAAUCCAGGUGGUAAAGAUUUUGCAUGUCACAGUUAUCUUCAAGUACCUAGAACUCAUACUAGAAAGAAACAGUAUAAAUGUCAGCAAUGUGGAAAAGCCUUUGCAUGUCCCAGUUAUAUUCAAAUACAUGAAAGAAUUCACACUGGAGAUAAACCCUAUGAAUGUAAACAAUGUGGAAAAACCUUUGCAUGUCCCAGUUAUCUUCAAAUACAUGAAAGAAGACAUACUGGAGAGAAACCCUAUGAAUGUAAUCAAUGUGGUAAAAGCUUUGCAAGUACUGGUGAUCUUCAAAGACAUGGAAGAAGUCAUACUGGGGAGAGACCCUAUGUAUGUAAUCAAUGUGGUAAAGCCUUUUCAGAUCCCAGUAAUUUUAAACAACAUGAAAGAAUUCAUACUGGAGAGAAACCCUAUGAAUGUAAUCAAUGUGGUAAAGCCUUUGCAAGUAAUGGUGAUCUUCAAAGGCAUGAAAGAAGUCAUACUGGAGAGAAACCCUAUGUAUGUAGUCAGUGUGGUAAAGCUUUUGCACGUAACAGUCAUCUUCAAAGGCAUGAAAGAAGUCAUACAGGAGAGAAACCCUAUGAAUGUAGUCAAUGUGGUAAAGCCUUUUCAUAUCGCAUUAAUCUUCAAAGACAUGAACGAAGUCAUACUGGAGAAAAACCCUAUUUAUGUAACCAUUGUGGCAAAUCCUUUUCAUCUGGUAGUGCUCUUCAAAUGCAUAAAAGAACACAUACUGGAGAGAAACCCUAUGUAUGUAAUCAGUGUGGUAAAGCCUUUUCAUGUUGCAGUUAUCUUCAAAUGCAUGAAAGAAAUCAUACUGGAGAGAAACCCUAUGAAUGUAAUCAAUGUGGUAUAGCUUUUUCAUCUCGCAGUAAUCUUCAAAGGCAUGAAAGAAGUCAUACUGGAGAGAAACCUUAUGAGUGUAGUCAAUGUGGUAAAGCAUUUGCACAUAAAUAUCAUCUUCACAGUCAUGAACGAGGUCAUACUGGAGAGAAACCUUACGAAUGUAAUCAGUGUGGUAAAGCUUUUGCACGUAACAGUCAUUUACAAAAUCAUGAAAGAAUACAUAUUAGAGACAAAACCAGUCAAUGUAAUAAAUGAGGCAAAGCUUUGAACACCAGGCAAAGACUCCAUUUUGGAGAUGCCAGUACCAUGAGAUGCCCACCAAGACCAUCAGCAGUGUUGAACUGGAACCAUUCAGAGCCUAGAAGAGAACUUGUGUGUGCUGCAGAUGGCAUAGCCAGAGAAGUGACCCAAGCAAGUCUUUUGUAGUAGCUCUGAAGACUGUCACUGGGUGUUGAGUUAGUUUUACUGUUGGAGUGAGGUUUUGCCUUUUUUCAGAUUGUGACUGCCCUGCUUCUCUCUUGCAGAAAGAAGGUAUUUGAUUUCAAUUUUUUUUACAACAGCCAUAAUUGAAAGACUUUAAUGUGUUUGAAUUUGUAAAAAUUGUAGAGUGUUUAUUAAAGUUAUUUAUGUUUUUAAUGUGAGUUCUUAUAAACAAAUAAGAAAGGAGUGGUUGUGACUUAAUAGUUUGUAUGCCAAGUUGGUAAGUAGUCAAUUGUACUGGCUAAUCUUAUGUCAACUUACACACAAACUAGAGUUAUAUGAAAGAAGGGAAACUCAAUUGAGAAAAUGCCUCCAUAAAAUCCAACUACAAGACAUUUUUUUAAGUGAUUGAUUGGGAAGGGACCUAGGUUCUAUAAGAAAGCAGGCUGAGCAAGCCAAUAAUUAGCACCCCUUCAUGGCAUCUGCAUCAGCUUCUGCCUCACAGUUCCUGCCCCAUUAGGUUUCUGUCCUUACUUCCUUUAAUGAUGAACAGAAAUAAAGGUUUUCCUCCCCAGCUUGCUUUUUGGUCAUGAUGUUUCACUGCUGAAAUGCUAAGACAUUCUGUCUCAAAACAUUCAAUAAAAGGGAAUGUGGACAGA